AUGAUUAGUGCCACUAAACCAUGGAUAACAAUUCCAACUGAACUUAUUGGUUCUUUACCCCGAACAACGACAUUAUUAGAAGGUCAACAAUCAUAUAAAGCAGGUCAUAUUUCCAUAAAUCAAUUAGAUGUAUUACAAGAUAAAGCAGUACGACAAACAUUAAUUGAAUUGGAAAAAACUGGACCUGGUCAAUUAACUGAUGGUGAACAAGCUAAACCUUCUUUUCUUAUCUAUCCUAUAGCUCCAUUGUAUCCUUAUGCAUAUUCAUUUGAUGAUAUUGUUGAUUGUUUUACAAUAACAUUUUCUGAUGGACAUCAACGUACAUUACCACGUCUUAUAAAAGCACCAUUUCGAUAUGGAAAAUAUGCCGUUGAUUAUGUUCGUAGAGCUAAACAAUAUACACGUCGACAAAUAAAACAAGCUGUUAUAUCACCAUCAGCUUUAUCAAAUGUUUAUCCCCAAGCAACAAUAUCUGGUUAUUCUCGUGAACAAUUUCUUGAUGAUUUAGUUAAUGAAGUUGAAAAAGACAUUCGUCUAUGUUUAGAAGCUGGUGUUGAUAAAAUACAAAUGGAUUUUACUGAAGCACGUUUAUCACUUAAAAUUGAUCCCUCAGGAGAAUUAUUAGACAAAUUUAUCCAGUUAAAUAAUCGUGUUUUAGAUAGAUUUAGUAAUAAUCCAGAAUAUCUAAAUAAAUUAGGUGUUCAUAUUUGUCCAGGUGGUGAUAGAGAUUCUCAUCAUUCAUUAAAUGUUGAUUAUACAUUAGUAUUACCAAGAGUAUUUAAUUUACAUGCAACGAAUUUUUACUUAUCAUUAGCAUCAGAACGUGAUCGAACGAGAAGUUUAGCUGUUAUUCGAACAUAUAUUCAACCACAUCAACGUGUUUUUAUUGGUGUUAUUAAUCCAACUGAUGCACGUGUUGAAACAGCUGAACAAGUUUGUGAUCGAAUAUUAGAAGCUGUUCGAUUUAUACCUAUUGAACAAUUAGGUACAACAGAUGAUUGUGGUUAUGCACCAUUUGCAGAUGAUGAAACAACAACACGAGCAAAAUGUUAUGAUAAAAUACGAGCUCGUGUCGAUGGAACUCGAAUGGCUGAACGUAUAUUAAAUACAAGAAAAUAA